AAAGACCACCUCACUAUCUAAGUGUCUUCAAAAUCAUUCAAGUUAUUCAACAAAUGGAUUCUUAUUCUUCUUUCUUUCAAUACCAAAACUACUCCCAUUUCUCUCCUGAUCAAUCUUCUUCUUCCUUCAGCUCCCUUGAGUCCUUCUACAACCAAUCCCUUCCCUUUAAUGAAAAUGAUUCAGAGGAAAUGCUUCUCUUCGGAGUUCUUAAUGAAGCACCCAUGAACUCUUUUGAUACCAUUUCCUCCACCAACGCUACCCACUACGAGGAGGUAAGCUCAAGGGGUGAUUAUUAUCAAGAGGAACCCAUUCAAGAAAUUGCUUAUAGAGGGGUUAGAAGACGGCCUUGGGGCAAAUAUGCGGCGGAGAUUAGAGAUUCAACGAGGAAUGGGGUAAGAGUGUGGCUGGGAACAUUUGAUACAGCUGAAGCUGCAGCUUUAGCUUAUGAUCAAGCUGCAUUGGCUAUCAGAGGUACAACGGCUGUACUAAAUUUUCCUAUGGAGAAAGUUGUCGAGUCACUUCAAGAAAUGAACUACCAGUUCAAGGAAGGUUAUUCACCAGUCUUAGCAUUGAAAAAGAUACAUUCAAUGAAGAGGAAAACAGAAAGCAAGAAAAAUAAAGGAAAGGAAAUGAGAAAUGAAAAUGUGGUGGUAUUAGAAGACCUUGGAGCUGAGUACUUGGAGGAGCUUCUAACCUUCUCCGAGACCGCUACUCAUUGGUGACUCUAUGCUAAAACUCGACUUCUAAAUUUUAUUUUUCUUCCUUAUACAAUCAAUUCUAACCGGAGUUUAAACUCAAAACUUUCGACCUGAAUUCGGUUUCAAUAUCACCAAGUUAAAGCUCUAUUAAUGAAUACCCAAUUAUUAGUUGAAUAGUUCAAUUGGUUUUAAAUAUUUUCUAAGUCCUUUUAAAUAAAUGGUACAAUUUUUAGAUGAUGGAGAUUCUGACUUUUCCUUAGGUAAUAUAUUUUUGGUUCAUUAUAUAUAGAAUUGCUUUUGAUUAUGAUUGAUGGUGGUGGGGCCAUUUGGCUAAAGAGAGGGGAGCAAAUGUUAUCUCACUAAUCUUUGUUUAAUCUAAAGUAAUUAUUAAUUAUUUGAAAGUAGAAAGUUAUGCUUAGAUUGUGACAGUUAUUAAUCCAUAGAUAUCAUAUCUGCCCAUGCACUCAUUCAAGAAGUCAAAUACAAAACUACCCACAUAUUUUUUUUAAAAAAAAAAUAGCUAAGACUGAAAAAUGCUGCCUGUUUUUGUUCUAAACAUAAUCAGCCGAUAAUAAUCUA